GUUUAAUGUAUAACCCCGCUAUUACGUGGCUUAGAAGCAUCGCGUUUAGUUGUGUCUCAGCGAAAUUGGGCUGUACAGAAAUCGCUAUUUUCGCCAGCUGGCCCACUUUGUAUUAUCGCCACUCUGACGUAGGCAAACUCGAAGAAUUUUUGAAUACCUCUGUGACGUAACGAAUUUGUAGUUGGCCAAAAGCCGCCGUUGAGGUAAGGAGACUGUUGUUCACCGGUUUGAGAAAUAUUUAAGACGUCGUGUUUCGAGCUUGCUUUUUGUUCUCGUUUUAUAGUGGUGUGUGUAAAGAUUUUGCUAAGUGUGUACCGCGCCCAUUUUGUUCAUGCGAAAGGAAAGCAAUGAGAUGUCGUCGCGGGUGUACAGACAACACUGUUACUUGUGCGAUCUGCCACAUACACCGUGGGCGAUGCUCACCGAUUUCUCCGAGCCGAUAUGUCGCGGUUGUUGCAACUACGAAGGCGCUGAACGCAUCGAGUAUGUCAUCGACCAUGCGAGGACGCUACGGAAAAACUACGAACUCGAAAAGGCCAAGGCAGAACAAGGGAACUACUCGAAUACAUCCCCCAGCCCGCCGUACGCUUCCAUGAACGGACGUGCUACAACUACGAGUCCAAACAGCGUCAUGGCAGCCCAGCGAAAGUUCUACGUAUCAAACCCAGCGUACGCGGCUAUGGGUCGUAGCGAACCUAUACCCAAAAACAUGCCAGCCGGGAUGUAUCCACCACGAGUAAACGCAGCUCAGUUACCGUUAGUGAAAAUCGAGGGAAAUCCAGCCGGCCGUGGUUAUGCUAUGCCUACUGCUGUUAGUAUGAACGCAGUUAUAUCAAACGCAAGACAGCAAACGAGUGACGGAGACGACGCGGGGAGGAAAGCAUUCUCGGGAGCUUUAGUCGCUGGCUUUCCCCACCCUGGAGUACAUCAUGAAGAACAACCCAGACUCGUGCGAGAGACCCUAGCUACGCUGAACAUGUCAACGCCGUUUGAAUUACGUUUUAAGAAAGACCCGAGUCUACGUGCUCGUGCCAUGCAUUUCGAUGUGUUCAAUAAAUCUCACGCGCCGGGACUUGGCGAUUUCGAGAUGAAAAUUUUCGUCGAGUAUCCAUACGGCUCGGGGAAUUAUAUUCAAAGUGCGUCCGGUGUGGCGAAACAGAUGCAGAUCGACAGCAUGAAAGAUGUGGGCAAGAGUAGCGCCGUGUCGGGGUAUAAAGCCUUAGAAUACGAGAAAAUCCACGGUUCUGGUGAAUGGAUAACGCUCGGAGACCUUAUUUCGGAAAACGUCAGGUACUUCAAAGAGCCCGUGAAUGCAGAUUUGUUGCCUGCACCUUAUCGUGAGAACGAGCUGACCAACCCAGCAUUAAUAAUGAAUCGUGGUCGAAAUCAACGCAAAAGACGUGUUACACCCGAAUUGGACGCUGAAAAUGAGAUGCAAGUGAAGCAGGCGAAAGAUGAUCCUAAAAGACAGGGUGAUCCUAGUAAAACCGUCAUGUCGUCUAUGGGCUUGCCUUCCAGUAAUACAAGCACAAUCCCUUCCGCUUCUGUACCUCCAAUGGUUUCAAAUCGAGCGCCGGGGGGGCAGGGCAACGUGGAGACGCGUAGUCGUGCGCAAUUAGGCGGCGUUCUGCCCGAGCAUCGACACAAUGGAAUAGCUGAUCCCAUGAGCGCGGGAAAAAUGGCACCCACAUCUGCAGUCGAAAAGAACUCUGGUAUGAGCACGGUAAAAGACCAACAAGGAAAUUCUGUAACUCCAGGAGUCUUAACAUGCGUGUUAUGUAAUGGACGAUUAGAGGACACUCAUUUUGUACAAUGCCCUUCAGUGGCUCAUCAUAAAUUUUGCUUUCCUUGUUCGCGUAAGAGUAUAGUUACGCAAAAGUCCGAAUCGGCCGAAGUAUUUUGCCCAAGUGGAGAACGUUGUCCUCUACAAGGCAGUAAUCUACCAUGGGCUUUUAUGCCAGAGGAGAUUAAGACAAUCGAAGGCUAUGGCGUAACGCCAAACGGUAUAAAAGAUAAGGACAAAUAAAGCGGUGUUUAUUCUAGAACUUUUUGCAUGCAUUUAUGCGUGUUUGUACAAUAUUAGAAAGCUUACGCAAGGGUAAGGCAUGAAGGAAUUCCGAUAACUAUUCACUUUGUAUGGUUACAUUUACAAUAUUGUGGCAUACCUUGAGAAAUUUAAUAUUUGCUUUGACGUUUUUGACUUCAAGUUCCCGUGCUUGAAUUAGGACCAUUCUAAUUCAGAAUAUUUGUAACAACACAUUUCUAUAUUACAUGCUCUCAGGAAUCUGAAAUUACGGUAUUUGUUUCAAAAUUUUAAGUCACGAUCAAUUUUUUCCAUAGGUAUAUAUUUAUAUGCCAUACGAUCACGGUUUAAUUGUGGGUAUUAAUCGUUUUACGCUGAGAUUUGGAGUUUUGUGUGAAUUUUACAUGUCUCACAAAAUAUGCUCAAUUUAAAAUUCUAAAGUUUCAAUAAUCAUGAAUGUGGAACCUUGAUUAUAAGUAACAGUCUAAGUCAAAUGUAUUCGGUUUCAAAAGAUGUCCAAUUCUUUUUUUAUCCAAAUCAAAUCAAGGAACAUCCAAAUCAAAUCAAAUCAAGGAACAUUGACAUUGUCCCAUUGACAAAAAUGUUAAGAAUGGUGUGCCGCUUUUUUUUGUACAACGUGCGCACAUUCAUUGAUAUAGUCCUAGUGUAGUAAGUAUUAUUUAUGCAAAGAUGACACCAUUUAUUCCGCUUUUGAACACAAAAGCUUGAGCGUCCAAUUUCGAAUAUUUUGAUAUGUUUUACGAUCUUCCACGGGCUGCAUAUUUUGGACUCAUUUUACAUCUGUAGUCCACACAGAUUACAGCUGAGUACAUCCUACUCGAUCAGUUCUGAGAUUUUUUAAAAUUUACAUUAAAAAAUGUAGGAAAGACUAUUUGGACUGAUUCCACGAAGUGCUGAUGUGUUCCAAGUACAGUCCUAUUCUGAUUUGUGAUCAUUCAGAUUUCGAGACUUCAAAGGCAAAAACCGCCAAACGAUUCUUUUUAAUUUAGCUUUAAAACAUGCCCCUUCGAUUUAGAGUUUAUCCGAACUGUUUCCUUUGCCAUUUAAUUUGAAAGUAUGCUUGUUAUUAAUAUAUAAAUGUGGCAUAUUUUAACUUUGACAAAGCUUUUGAUAAAACAUAAAUAAUUUGAAAAUUUUGUGUUAAUAUCCAAUGGCAAUACACAGCCACAGAAACCGAUUUUCGUAAAUGAUGCGGUUCCAAAUGCAGGCCGGCUUGCGUAAGCUUUCGUAGGUAGCCACAAGCCACAAACAAUGUUGUUUUUCUUGUAUAUAUUUGAUUUAGUAAUUAGCUUAGGAUGUCGUCUGGAACGUCUCGAACGCGUUUCCGUGUAAAUUUCCACCUGUAAAUAAGUUUAUUUAGCUUACUUAUUUUUGUCAAAAAAAUCUUGCUGAAAUCUUAUCUGUUUUUGGUUCAUGAUUGCUAUCUGUUUCUGCGCCACGCUCGUAAAAUUUUUAUCUUACACCAG